AUGUCCGACGACGACGCUCCCGAGGCCGGCGCGGAAGGCCAGGCCGAACCCGCAGAGGACCCGGCCGACGCGACCCAGGAGGCUGGCGUAAAGGACCUCACCAGGGCAGAGGAGCGCCGGCUAGCGAUGAUGGAGGAGGAGCCCGAGGAGAAAACCUCCAGAACGGCACCGACGAACGGGACAGCAACGUCACCGGUGCCGAACGGGACAGCGACGUCACCUGUGCCUAUCCAGAGGCAGACGAGCGGCGGGCGACGAGUAUCGAUAGAGGAACCCCAGGGCUCCGGUGACGAGGUCCGCUGCUCCGGCACGCCCAACGCGGGGCCCAAGAGCCCCUCGCGGCAGUUGGCCCUCGCGAAGCUCGGGCUCCUGGACGACCUGGACCUCGAGGAGAGUCCAAGUGACGGGGAGCUCGGACGGCGGGCUUCUGCACCGCUUUCUUGGCGCAUUAAUCUCCAGGGGGUCGCGGCGGGAAAAUUAGACUCUGGGUGGCGCUAA